UUUCUUGAGUCUCUUCUCAUUCUAUUACAUGUCAUCCUCUUCCUCUGCAUAUAUAGUAAAACCAUAUAUAGUCUCACUAAAACUAAUAUCUCCUAACAUUGUACUAGUGAGAAAGGCCAGGAAAGUGAGCAUCUUGUUUAUGUAAUUUGGAAGUCAACUUUGGGUCACAGAGCUCUACAAAAUAAUGGUGUAUAACAUCAUAUCUUGUUCUUAUUUAUAUAUUUGGUUCUUAUUAUCCUCCUACAUGACGGUAACUUCCACUUCACUGGACAGUAUAGCAGUGAGUGAAUCUAUCCGAGAGGGUGAGACUUUAGUUUCAGCAGAUGGAACUUUUGAAGUGGGUUUCUUCAGCCCUGGAAAUUCAACAGGUCGAUACUUGGGUGUAUGGCACCGCAAUAUAACCCCUUUAACAGUGAUAUGGGUGGCCAACCGAGAAACACCUCUCCACAAUAAUUCAGGAGUUUUAAAACUCAAUCAAAGUGGCGUUCUUGUAAUUCUCAAUAGCACAAACAACAGUGUUUGGUCGUCCAACAUAUCAAGCCAAGCAGUGAGUAAUCCAAUAUCGCAGCUCUUGAACUCAGGAAAUCUUGUGGUGAAAAAUGGACAAGGCACCGACGAGGACCAGUUUUUAUGGCAAAGUUUUGAUUAUCCCGGUGAUACAUUUCUGUCGGGAAUGAAGCUUGGUUGGAACUUAGAAACUGGUCUAGAAAGGUUUCUAUCAUCUUGGAAAAGUGAAGAUGAUCCAGCUAAGGGAGACUAUUCUAUAAAACUCGACCUUAGAGGAUAUCCGCAAAUUUUUAGAUUCAAGGGAUCUUCAAUAGAAUCUAGACUAGGGUCAUGGAAUGGCCUUACUUUUACGGGAUAUCCAACUCGUCUGGUGGCACCAAAAGAUAGAUAUGAAUUCGUUUUGAAUGAAAAAGAAGUGUAUUGUGAGAAUCAUCUCAUAGACAGAUCCAUGUUUUCUAUAUAUACCCUGAUCCCUUCAGGCGUGGGGCAAAAUUUAGUUUGGACAAGUCAAACAAGCAGCAAGCAAGUUAUAUCAAUUGGAGGAGAGGACCCGUGUGAAAGUUAUGGCUUCUGUGGUGCAUAUUCUAUAUGCAAGACGGAUGAUAACAAUUUUCCAUCUUGUGAAUGCCUCAAAGGACUUGUUCCCAAGUUUCCUGAACAAUGGAAUGUUUCAAAUGGGUCUAACGGUUGUGUUCCAAGGAAUAAAUCUGAUUGUAGUAACAGUACUAACACGGAUGGGUUCUGGAGGUACACUGCCAUGAAAUUACCAGACACUUCUUCAUCAUGGUAUAGUAAGACAAUGAACAAUGAGGAAUGUCGGAUAUUAUGUCUGAAAAACUGUUCUUGUACAUCAUUUGCUAAUUUGGAUAUCCGUAAUGGAGGAAGUGGCUGUUUACUUUGGUUUCAUGAUCUGAUUGACAUGAGGCAAUUCUCUCAGGGGGGACAAGACCUUUAUAUCAGAGUCCCUGCUUCAGAACUAGAAGUUCAUGUUGCGGUAAAUGGCCAUGGGGACAACAAGAAAAAGCUGGUAGGAAUCACAGUUGGUGUGAUUUUUACCGUAUUAACUACAUUCGUCACCACAAUGACACUUAGAAAGCGAGGUGUAGCAAGCAAAAUUUACGGGACACAUUUCAACAAUAGACUGAGGAAUGAAGACAUUGAUCUGCCAACAUUUGAUUUGGCAAUCAUAACUAAAGCUACAGAAAACUUUUCAAGCAGUAACAAGCUGGGAGAAGGUGGCUUUGGACCAGUAUACAAGGGAAAACUCAAUGAUGGGCAACUGAUAGCUGUGAAAAGGCUUUCAAACAAGUCUGGACAAGGAAUUGAAGAGUUCAAGAAUGAAGUAGUGUUGAUAGCUCAACUCCAGCACCGAAAUCUUGUUAAGCUUCUUGCUUGCUGCAUUCAAGGAGAAGAAAAAAUGUUGAUAUAUGAAUACAUGCCUAACAAAAGCUUGGACUACUUUAUUUUUGAUGAAACGAGAAGGAAGGUCUUAGAUUGGGCUAAGCGUUUCAACAUUAUCACUGGCAUUGCUCGAGGACUUCUCUAUCUUCAUCAAGACUCUAGACUGAGGAUUAUUCAUAGAGAUCUAAAAACCAGCAAUGUUCUACUAGAUGCAAAUUUGGAUCCAAAAAUAUCGGACUUUGGCUUGGCUCGAAUAUUUUUGGGAGAUCAAGUGGAGGCAAACACAAACAGGGUGGCUGGAACAUAUGGUUACAUGUCUCCUGAGUAUGCCGUGUUCGGGCAUUUCUCAAUGAAAUCAGAUGUGUAUAGUUAUGGUGUGAUAAUACUAGAGAUUGUAAGUGGGAAGAAGAACAGAGAAUUUUCAGACCCAGAACACUACCGUAACCUUCUUGGACAUGCAUGGAAAUUAUGGGCCGAUGAGAGGGCACUAGGGCUAUUGGAUGAAGUUCUAGGAGAACGAUGCACACUCUCUGAAGUCAUGCGAUGCAUACAUGUGGGCUUAUUAUGCGUGCAACAAAGAUCAGAAGAUAGGCCAGACAUGUCAUCUGUGGUUUUAAUGUUGAAUGGUGAGAAAUUAUUGCCAAAACCAAAGUUUCCUGGCUUUUACACUGAAGUACAUUCUUUGUCGGCAAAUUGUGACCUGUGCUCAGCUAAUGGAAUUUCCAUUACAGUGUUAGAUGGAAGAUAGGAUAUGGAAGCAAGAAAUGACAAGGUUUCCCCUUCCAAUUUUGGAUGAACAUACAUAAGUAGGGAAAUAACAUUUUGUAAAUGAUG